AUGCUGGUGCUGAGGCGGGAGGAGCAGCUCCUUGCGCAUGCGCAGCGGCCACACACACAGCAUCCCCAGGACUCAGCUCGCCUACAGCAUCUGCGACUGGAGCUCAGGUCCGUAACCAUGACAAAAGAGGAGGAGCUUGUGAGAGACAGACAGGAAGACGACAUGGGACAGAGGAGUGACGAUGAAGUAGAACAGGAGGAGCCCGAGCUGGAGCGGGAGGAGGAGACGCAGGAGGAGCCAGGCCUGGAGGACAGGGGCCCCCAGGAGCCUGAGGAACCCCAAGACCCUGAGGAGCCGGAGUACGCCCCUGUUGACCCGGAGCAGGAGCCACGCUCCCCCAAAGUGCACCCCUCUGCCCUGGCCCCACUGCCCAAAGACUACACCUUCACCUUCUUCGACCCUAACGACCCCGGCUGUGCCCUGAUCCUGUCGGACCCUCAGACCACGGUCCCGGAGCUGUUCGCCAUCGUGCGGCAGUGGGUUCCACAGGUGCAGCACAAGAUCGACAUCAUCGGGGCCGAGAUCCUGAAGCGUGGUUGCCACGUGAACGACCGCGAUGGACUCACAGACAUGACCCUGCUGCACUACAGCUGUAAGGCCGGGGCCCACGGCGUCGGGGAGCCAGGGGCCGCGCUGCGCCUCACCUCGCGGCUCAUCGCGCUCGGAGCCGACGUGAGCCUCAGGAGCCGUUGGACAAACAUGAACGCUCUGCACUACGCUGCUUACUUUGACGUCCCUGAGCUCAUCCGAGUGCUGCUGCGGGCAGACAAGCCCAGAGUGCUGAACUCCACCUGCAGUGACUUCCACUACGGCACCGCACUCCACAUCGCAGCCUCCAACCUGUGUCUGGGGGCCGCCAAGUGUCUGCUGGAGCACGGGGCCAACCCCUCAGUCCGGAACGAGCGCGGGCAUGUGCCGGCCGAGGUGGUCCCGGACCCCAUGGACAUGAGUCUGGAUAAGGCCGAGGCGGCGCUGGUGGCCAAGGAGCUGAGGCAGAUCCUACAGGACGCCGUUCCCCUCAGCUGCAACCUGCCCCGAGUCACCCUCCCAAACUACGACAACAUCCCAGGCACCCUCAUGCUGUCCUCCAUGGGGCUGACACUGGGGGACCGCGUGCUCCUCGACAACCACAAGGCAGGCACCCUGCGGUUCUGUGGUCCCACGGAGUUCGCCAGCGGCCUGUGGGUGGGCAUGGAGCUGGACGAGCCUGAGGGCAAGAACGACGGCAGUGUGGGGGGAGUGCGCUACUUCAUCUGCCCCCCCAAACUGGGUGUCUUCACUCCAGUGUCCAAGAUCUCCAAAGCCGAGGUGCAGACCCCCACCUCCGUCACCUCCACCCCCCGCACCCCCCACAUGGACCUGGCCUCCCGCCUCACCGCCAAGAUGAAGAAGGAGAAGGACAAGAAGGACAAGGAGAAGGACAAAUGGCAAAGGAAGAAGUCGUUGUGUGUCCCUGUGGAGCCGGGCGUGGCCGAGCUGGGGGACCAUGUGCUGGUGGCCGGACAGAAACUGGGAGUGGUUCGUUUCUACGGGAAAACAGAGUUCGCUCCAGGAGACUGGUUUGGAAUCGAGUUGGACCGAGCCACAGGGAAACAUGACGGCUCCGUGUUCGGUGUGCGCUACUUCAGCUGUCUGCCCAAAUAUGGAGUGUUCGCCCCGCCUUCCCGCGUGCAGAGAAUCGGAGGCCCCAAAGACGGCUCCCAGAAAGACCAGGCGGUGAAAAAGGUCCACCAAGUCUCCAUGUCUCAGCCCAAACGCAACUUCAACACACUGCAUUCUCCCAAGGACCUGACCUCGGACAGCUCCAUAUCUCGGUUACUGUUCUGCUGCUGGUUCCCCUGGAUGCUCCGCGCUGAGAUGCAUUCCUAA